AUGAUAAUCCAUUCGCACUCCCGCCCAAUCUGGAUUAAAGCUCGGAUACAGAAUUGGGGGCCGGAAUCACAAGACUUGCAUUCUCUUUUGAGCAAUAUCCGCGAUAAUCGUUAUCCCAACGACAACUUGUUGAAGGACAAGAAGAGGGUCUCGUCUGGAAAAGGCAGAAGCUCACUGCUGCUUACCUUCGCAAGCGAAAGCACGCCGCAAGAUAGCAAUACUCUGCGCCCCUUCACUCUGGGACGAUGGGCACAUGUCAGCCUGCUACGGGCUGAAGGUACUGCAGAUACAUUUGUCUCGGCGAGUCUCGUUGACCUAGGUACGACAGAAAGCGAUGUACCGUCAGUAUCGGAGCUUUCACUUACGAAUGGCAAGGUUCCAGCCGUUGAUGAGUUAUAUCCGGAAGAUUCGGCGAAUACAGCCCCGCAGUCCGAGCUUCUCCAGGAGUCGGGAGAUUUAGAAACACAGAGAGGGCACGUAGAAUGCAAGGCUGAGGGAGCUGUCCCUUGGUUUAUUGUGAAGAGGUACUUGAGCGCUAUGGGAAGUCAAUGGUACUGGGCUGCGGUAUUACCGAUGUUCAUGACACAACAGAUUGCUUCACUAGUGACCAAUUUGUGGAUCAAGAAUCGGGCAUUGCAGUACGAUAAUUCGGAAGCGCGAGUCAAUGCAUGGUAUCAUAUUACAAUCUACGUAGCGUUUGUGUACUCUCUAUGCUCCUGUCACCGCGCUCCGCGAUCUCACAACCUUUCACGGAUCACUCAAAGCGUCAUCCAAGAUAUUCGAUCGACUUCUCAAUAA